AUGAUGAAUGGACAAAAUGGGCAAGAGUCGCAAGACAAAUCACUGUACAUGAGGCAUGCGUAUGGUAUCAUGGACUAUUAUGAUUCCGUGAAUGUGAUUGUGAAAGGAAAGGAGAUUCUGCUAUUGAGUAGCUUGACCAUCUUCACAACCUUCGACUUAUCGCUCAACUCUUUUGAAGGGAACAUCCCGGAUGUUAUUGGACAUCUCCAUUCUCUCAUAGGGCUCAACCUUUCCCACAACCACCUCACGGGAUCUAUUCCUCCAACCCUUGGAAACUUGACUAAUCUUGAAUGGCUAGAUCUAUCUUCAAACAAACUCAGUGGGAGGAUUCCUAGAGAACUGGGAGAUUUGGCAUUCCUCGGGUAUUUGAAUCUCUCAGAGAACCAACUCACAGGCCGCAUACCUCAAGACAAGCAACUGAGCACAUUCACGAGCGACUCAUUUCGUGGAAAUCUGGGCCUAUAUGGAACCUCAUUACAGAACACAAGCCAUGAUGAUGCUCAAUCUCCUCCGUCAGCACCAUCGUUCUUGCAAGAGGAUAGUACAAAAGAGUAUGCAAGUUGGUUUGAAUGGAAAGCAGUGGGGAUAGGUUAUGCGUCUGGAAUGGUGAUUGGAAUCUCUAUAUCGUACAUUUCAUGGGAAACUAGAAGACCCAAAUGGCUUGCGAGAAAAGUGAGAAGGAUGGAGAGAAGAGGAGCCAAAUGGAUGAAGAAGCCAAAGUGGAAGGCAAUCAAAUUUCAUGGAGGCUGA